AUGGGAUCGCUUUCAGAGGACGGCGCGGCAUCCCCUGACCUGGGCACGCUCGAGGGCGCGCUGGACUGGCUGGCCCAGCAUGCAGAGAGGGUCUGCCAGGACAGCGGGGCGAGCCUGGCGUCGUCCUCGCCACCUGACGUGGUUCUGGACGAUCGCGACGCCGAAGAGGACGCCUGCAAGGCCGUCUUCGCGACGCUGUUCGUGGAGAGGCGCGCAGAGCUGCAGCGCCGAGUGCCGGACCUCGACGACCUGUUGAUGUUUGUCCUGGCAGACCCCUCCGCUGACUCAGGGUGGACCGUCGCGGCGCGGCGGUGGGUCCCCGGCGCCACGCUCGACAGCAUCCUCGGCGCCGGCGCGGGCGCCGCGGGCGACGACCGCGAGCGCCCCAGCGCGAACGGCAACGCUGACGCCAGCGCACACAGCAGAGACGGCUGGGUGGCGCUGGGGCCGUCCGCGGCAGCCACCAUGGUCAGCUGGCAGCGCUCGGUCGCGCUCAACCUCGUCGUCGCGACGCCGUUCGUCCUCACCGCGCUCGUCUGCCCGAGGGCGGCGCUGCUGUCCUUCCGGGGCGACAGCACCGUCGUGCAGGGGACGGAGGCGGCCGCCGUCGUGCCGGUGUACGCGUCGCCGUGGGCGCAGCACCUCGACGUCAGCUCCACGAAACGCAGCGCGCAGGGCCGCUCCAGCCCGGACACGUGCUACCCCAGCAUCGCGUUUGCCGUGGAGGAGUUCGACGUGAGGUUCGAGUCGCUCGUGACGUCCGCGCCGGACAGCUGCUACUGCGUGCUGAUCAGCGCGGACGCCGGGUGGCUCGCCCCCGCGCCCGAGCGCGCGCCGCCCCCCGACGCUUCUGCCACAACACACCGCCGGGGGCCUGUCCUCAUGUUCAGCGGGUUCGUCGUGCACGACCAACUGGAGCAGGCGCUGCUGGAUGCGCGCGCGCGGCGCCCCGUGCUGUCGAUGUUCGCCCCGCGCGGCGACACCCCCCUCGAGAUGAGCAUGCGGGGCCCCGGGGGAGUCGGGGGCGCGCAGGUGGCGGUGUCGUUCGCCGGGAGGGGCGGCGCGCGGUCGGCGGGCGCGGCGGCGAAGAGCGCGCUGAACCGCGCCGGGCGGGCGAUGCUCGGGAUGGUCGGGGGGUCGAAGGGCGUGAGUCAGGUGAUAUCAGGCCGGUGCAGUGCGCGCUGA